GCCCCGGCCCCUGUUCCCCAUGCUACAGGUCUCCCCACCUCACCUCGACUUGGAGAUCCACCGGGCGCUGGGUCGGGUCCAUCCAUCGGUCGUUGUGCAGGUCCCCUGUUGCUUUAAGCAGUGUGUUUUUUCGACCAACAGGAGGCGUGUCUUCCCCACGGCCGGAGCGGAGCGCAGCAAGACGCGAGUCUGAAGGAACCGAUCUGGCUCGUCUCUCUAUCGGAACAAAUCAACUACUUUCUCAGCUCAUUCUAUUCGAAGACCGCCCGUGAAUGGAUUUCUCCCGGAUUUGCCCAGACUAACAUGGAUGCCCCACCGUUAGCUGAGUGGGAAGGUUGUUUCUUGGCGCAGUGAGCUGGACACGCAGAGCUUGCUAAUGGAUCUGGGGAAACGAAUGAUACCUUCUCCCUGACUGACCAUGCCGUGAUCUUGCGCGUGGGCCGUCACCCUGCUUAACGUCAAAAGAAACAUUUCGGGGGAAUCUACCGAUCCAGGGAAUAAAUAGUGGCAUCACACAGACACCAUGAAGAUUACCUCCCCGCUCAUAAGUAAAGCGAGAUUCAGGUGCACCGUCAGGCUUCUACUGCUGCUAUUACUAUGUGUGGGAUAUUCUCGCGGGAUGCCACACGUUUUAAGAUUUGGAGGAAUUUUUGAGUCCAUUGAGUCGGGGCCGUCAGGUGCUGAGGAACUAGCCUUUAAAUUUGCUUUAAAUACAAUCAACAGGAACAGAACCCUACUGCCAAACACAACGCUAACAUACGACAUCCAACGGAUAAACAUCUACGACAGCUUCGAAGCCUCCAGAAAAGCCUGCGACCAACUAUCUCUGGGGGUGGCGGCCAUCUUCGGGCCAUCCCACAGCUCGUCAGCCAAUGCGGUCCAGUCCAUCUGUAACGCGCUUGGCGUGCCCCACAUCCAGACCAAAUGGAAGCACCAGGUGUCUGACAACAGGGACUCCUUCUACGUCAGCCUCUACCCAGACUUCUCCUCUCUCAGCCGGGCCAUUCUGGACCUGGUUCACUUCUUCAAGUGGAAGACRGUCACCGUUGUCUAUGAUGACAGCACAGGUCUUAUUCGGUUACAGGAGCUCAUAAAGGCUCCAUCUCGCUACAACAUCCGCUUGAAGAUCCGCCAGUUGCCAGCGGACACCAAGGACGCAAAGCCUCUCCUCAAGGAGAUGAAGAGAGGAAAGGAGUUCCACGUCAUCUUCGACUGUGGACACGAAAUGGCUGCCGGCAUCCUAAAACAGGCUCUUGCUAUGGGGAUGAUGACAGAGUACUAUCACUACAUCUUCACCACACUGGACCUGUUUGCCCUGGACGUGGAGGCCUACCGUUACAGUGGGGUGAACAUGACUGGCUUUAGGAUYCUGAAUACGGAGAACAGCCAAGUGGCCUCCAUCAUAGAGAAGUGGUCCAUGGAACGCCUGCAGGCCCCGCCCAAACCUGACUCUGGCCUACUGGACGGCUUCAUGACGACGGACGCUGCGCUCAUGUACGAUGCCGUGCACGUGGUGGCCGUGGCCGUGCAGCAGUCUCAGCAGAUCACUGUCAGCUCCCUACAGUGCAACAGACACAAACCCUGGCGCUUUGGGAACAGAUUCAUGGCCCUCAUCAAAGAGACGGACGCUGCGCUCAUGUACGAUGCCGUGCACGUGGUGGCCGUGGCCGUGCAGCAGUCUCAGCAGAUCACUGUCAGCUCCCUACAGUGCAACAGACACAAACCCUGGCGCUUUGGGAACAGAUUCAUGGCCCUCAUCAAAGAGAAUGGGUCUACAUAA